UUUUAAUAUCCAAAACGCAUUUGACCAAGUUCACAACGCAUUUGACGACGUCUCAAGAAUUUUUCUGACGGGCAAUCGCGUGAGACCUGAAAGUUUAUAAAUAGCGAUUUCUUCUCCCUGAUUCGACCAAUGACUUCCCCAGAUAGGAAAGGUAAGGCGACGACAGAGCAAUCCUCCCCACUUCCUUCGCUUCCAGAUGAUUUGCUGUUGACCUGCUUCGCACGCGUCUCCACAUUGCACUACCCAACACUCACCCUCGUCUCCAAAAGAUUUCAAUCACUCAUCGCCUCACCGGAGCUAUACAGGAUCCGAUCCACAUUAGGCCGCACCCAGAGUUGUCUCUAUGUGUGCUUUGGGUCCGAUCAUGACCCUAACCCUCGCUGGUUCACUCUCUGCCUGAAACCUGACCGAAACGUGACUAACGGGUCAAGUGGGAAUGUUUUGGUUCCUACCUCAGUUCCCCAUUCUGCUCCAGCGCACUGGUCUGGUCUUAUUGGAGGACCUUCCAAUGAUAUCUACAACAUUGGCGGCCCCCUUGAGGAUGCUCCAUCCUCAAGCGAGCCGGGAAACAUGUGGGUGGACCCAAUGGUCGAUGUCCUUGAUAGAAAGAUAUACGUAACAAGAGGCUGCAAUCCAAACACUCGAACUUGGGACCCUGAGUUCUCGACCCCUCCGGUCUCGACCCCUCCCGCUUUUGUAAGCUUAGUGGUUAGAAAAAAAGUUUACAUGUUUGGAUCCUCUGGUGAUUCGGCUUACAAACCCAAAGACGGUCAAUGGGAAAGGUUUUGGGGUUGGAAACCGAGUUUGGGAUGGUUUUCUUGUUGCGUGGUUGAAAAGGUACUGUACCGUUAUCGUUCUGGAGAGUUCAAAUGGUAUGACACCAAGGCAGGGCACUGGAGGAAGUUAAAGGGUUUGAAAGGACUGCCUAAGUUUGUCAGCUAUGGUUUUCAGUUGGUUGAUUAUGGUGGAAAGUUGGCGGUUGUGUGGGCCGAGCUUGUGCCUAACGGUGGCGAUAAGAAAAAGGUUGUUUGGUGUGCGGUAAUUACUCUUGAGAGGCCUAACAGUGGCGAUGAGAUUUGGGGGGAGAUCGAGUGGUGUGACGUGGUAUGUACAGUCCCCAAGUCGUAUCAAUUGGAGUAUGCUCUUGAUGCUACUCUCUGAUCAAUCACAUAUCA